AUGGUGAGGAAGCCUUGGAAAAUCCCACCAAGAAGCCCCGUCCAGGCUCCAAUGCAGCAGUGCAGCCCCCACUCUUUGACGAAGCCAAGGCUCAGCUUGCGCAGAAGCUGCUCGUGGAGAAAUUUCAAUACAAGGAUUUUCGCCACGAGCAAAAGUCAGCUAUCAAUCGAAUCCUGUGUGGAAAGAACACGCUGGUUAUCUUCCCCACCGGGGCAGGCAAGUCUCUGUGCUAUCAGGCAAGCAUAGACCAAAUACGAGAUGCGUGUGGGAAACGAGCUGACCGAGAUGUAGAUACCAGCCAUUGCCUUCGAGGAGAUUGACCGCCAAAAUGAGCAGAGAGCCUCGGGCCAGUCAGGGAUCACCAUCGUCGUGUCGCCAUUGAUCGCCUUGAUGAAAGACCAAGUCGACGUGCUCAAGAAAAAAGGCAUUGCUGCAGAGUUACUGGUAUCCAGCAACGAUUGGUCAGAAACAAAACAGAUCUAUGACUCAAUUCGUCAAGGGACGCUUCGAAUAUUGUAUUGUGCCCCUGAGAGGCUUAACAAUGAAGGCUUUGUCGAGAGUAUGACUAGAGUCAAAGGGGGUGUUCGUCUCGUUGCCGUGGAUGAGGCUCACUGCAUCUCCGAGGUAUGUUAUCUUCGCAAGACAGCCCUGUAAUGGUUUUCUUCUUACUGAUAUUUCUCUAUCCAGUGGGGACAUUCGUUCCGCCCGGACUAUUUGAAAGGUUAGGCUGCCGAGAUGAACUCAUCGAUGAACGAUGACUAACAAAAACUUCUAGUUGCCCGGUUUGUGCAAGAGAUCAAUGCGGAACGCGUGAUCUGUUUGACAGCUACUGCCACACCCAAGGUUGCUGACGAUGUUUGCAAAGCGUUCAAUAUCUCUGCAGAUGGCGUAUUUCGGACCUCUCCUUACCGCCCGAAGUAAGUUAGCCGCCAUAAAUACCAAAUAUCAAGUGCUUGGAUGUUAUUCUUACGUAGCCACAUAGCCUGCGCCUUGAGGCUACUCCACUUGCAUCAGGGGCCGAAAAGAAGAAGCUUCUCUUUGAAUAUUUGGAAACUCACCCCGGUUCCUCUCUCGUUUAUGUCACACAGCAAAAGGUUUGUUGCCUGAUCCAUGCAUGUUCCCACAUUGAGUUGACAAUACUUGUAGCAAGCUGAGGACCUGGCACGAGUUCUGCAGCAGAAGAACCUAAGUGCCGACUACUUCCAUGCGGGGAGAAAAGCAGACGAGAAGAAGCUCGUUCAAGAUAAGUUCAUGGCUUCCAAAGUUCGAAUAGUGAGUUGGCUGUACCUGAACUUCUAUUUUACCUGUACUCACGCGCUCAAGAUCGUUGCUACCAUUGCUUUCGGGAUGGGCAUUGAUAAAUCGGGUAAAGAUCUCACAUCUCAGCAUAGCAAUGGCAGUUUCGCUAACUGCCUUAGACCUACGAAACGUAAUUCAUUGGGACUUACCCAACACCGUUGAAGAAUACUGCCAACAAGUUGGCCGUGCCGGUCGAGACGGUAAACAGAGUUACUGUAUGCUUUAUCUCUGCCCGAAUGACUGUAAGAUUAAGGAAAGCUUUAUCCGGGGCGAUAUGCCGUCUAGGCGUUCCGUCCAAUCUCUCCUCGAAGAGAUUUUUAACGAUAAACGCGACGCUGCGCCGGGAGACACGUUCAAGGUCAGCCACGCUUCGCAAAGUUCCGAAUUUGAUAUUCGCCAGAGCACUCUAGGAAACAUCUACGCCAGCCUCGAGCUGAGGUUCAAUUUGAUUCGCGCUAUUACUCCCGAAUAUAACACAUACAAGUUUGAAGAAACUCCGCGUUAUGUGUCAGCCCUCAAAGCAAACAAGUCGGUGGAGGCGAAGGCAGUUCUCCAGUUUGCGAAGAAAGCUAAGAAGUAUUACGGCAUCGAUCUAAAAGCAGCUACCAAUGCUACAGGUGCUUCACGCAAUGACAUUGUGCGACUUCUGAAUGACCUUAGCAAUUCCGGGGUCAUUCAACUUACUGUCGGUGGUGUUGAACAAAAGUACAAAGUCUUGAGCCGUCUUCCUCACACUGAGACUGAAAUCGACAAACUGGUUGGAAAAGUCUACGAGGAUCUCGAAAAGCGUGAGAAGCAAGCUCUCGACCGGGUCCAGGGUGUCCUCGACUUUCUUGCGAGUCCAACAUGUUUCGCGCGUUUCAUCGCUGAACACUUUGGCAUGAGCUUGCCAGACGGAAAGACGAGUUGCGGACACUGUACACCUUGUUUCACUGGUACAUCAAUGCAUCUGCCGACUACGAAACUAAAGACACUGGAUCAGUCGCAAGUUCGCGCUGUAUUGGCGGCCACAAAAAUACGCGACGAUCCCCUUUUCCUUGCAAGAGUGGCUUUUGGAAUUUCCAGCCCGCGCGCAACCAAGUCGAAGUUGAGCAAGCAUGCCAUUUUCGGUUCAAUGGCGGAUGAUGAUUUCGAGGUAUGUUACCAUAUGCUACUUGGGCUCUUCCCUCUCUCUUCUCUCUUGUAUUAA